CUCUGCCAGCAGCACCGGGAGGAACCACCAGCGCACCAGGACAUCAUGGCACCCAAGAAGGCUAAGAAGAAGGAAGCCGUGAGCUCCAACGUGUUCAGCAUGUUCGAGCAGUCUCAGAUCCAGGAGUUCAAAGAGGCUUUUACCAUCAUGGACCAGAACAGAGACGGAUUCAUCGACAAAAACGACCUGAGAGACACCUUCGCCGCUCUGGGACGUCUGAACGUGGGGAACGACGAGCUGGAUGAGAUGCUGAAGGAAGCUGCCGGUCCCAUCAACUUCACCAUCUUCCUCAGCAUGUUCGGAGAGAAGCUCAAAGGAACGGAUCCGGAGGAGAACAUCCUGUCCGCCUUCAAGAUUUUCGACCCAGAGGGAACGGGAAUCAUCAAAGGAGAGGAGAUCAAGUACCAUCUCAUGUCGCAGGCGGAUAAAUUCACGGAGGCAGAGGUAAAUCAGAUGUUCACGAACUUCCCUCUGGACGUGGCGGGAAACCUGGACUAUAAGAAUCUGUGCUACGUGAUCACUCACGGCGAGGAUAAAGAACAGGAGUGAAAUCGUUCUGAGUUUUUAUGUGUGUUUAUUUAUUGUUGGUCAAUAAAUUUGUUUUGUCAA